UUUGAUUUAUUGACGGUCUCUUCUUUACAAUUAUGGUUAAUCCAAGUGCUGGUGCCUUUUCUAGUUUUCCUGAGUUGCCACCCAAGACGCCGUUUGCGAACCACAACCCCACGUACGCCUCCCACAAGGAUAAACAACUUGUUAUCAAUAACCUUAUAAAGAUUAUCGAGAAAGAGUAUCAGAAGGGAAAUCAGAGUGUUAGUAAAGACAAAAUAGAGUUUUUAUUGGAAUACAAGAAACAACAGAAGAAAGAAGAAGAACAGAAACAAACACCCCGCCAGGAAAAACCCAAGCCAGCGUUACCGGCACCACUUUACCCUCCAAUUUUCAAUAAGCUUGAUAUUAAGAACUUGGCCAACCAGAAGGCAAGCAGUAGUUCCAAGCACAGUCCAAACCAGUCUCACCAGCAGCUGCAGAAUAAAAAACCAAGCCCCAAGCCGUUGUCUUUUAAAAAAAUUGAACAUAUAGUCAUAUCCUUACUCGAGAGCUUAGCUAAUAUCCUUGAUAAUCUACAUUUAUUUUCGAAAUUGCCCAUGUUCCCACAAAAAUUAAUCAGCUUGUUGAAGCAAACCAACAAAUUAUGGGUUGUUAUACUUGUAUUCUUGAUUAGAAAGACCAUUUCACAAUUACUCAAUGUGAUAAGGAAAGAAAACAAGAUCAAGGUUGAGUUAAACAUAUUGAAAUCAAAUAAGAACUCUAAAUUAUUGGAAGAGGAACCCACCAACACUGGUGUUGGGAGAAGCGGAAUUCUCAGAAAAUACGAGAAAAUCUUGAAAGAUUUAAAGUUUGAUAAAGUGAUGUUAAUAAUUGAAUUAAUUGGUAACUUUUUGGAUAUAUCAUUUAAUUUGAUUGAACUCUACGAGUGGGCCUUACCAAGCUGGUUCAUGAAUACGUUGAACAUGGCCAGUAUGGCAAUGACCAUUUACAGAAUGAAUAAAGAUGACGAAUACGUUGAUGAUGAUAUCUCUGAAGAUUUAAUAUAAUAUAAUAUAUAUACACUUAUGAUAUUAG